AUGGACGAACAGGGUGACGAGGUGCAAGCCACAGUUCACUACAAACUUGUGUUCAAAUACGACAAUAAGAUCCGGGCGAACAAAUGUUAUUUGUUAAAUAAUCUGAAUGUUGGUGCGGGGUUUAAAACAUACAAACAUACACUUUCAGAUUAUCGGAUCAAUUUUGAUUCAAGGACUACUUUCAAACAAAUCAAUAUGCCAUCCAUCCCAUCAUCUGCAUUCAAAUUCGUCACUUUCCCAAAAAUAAUUGAGGUGUCAAACAACAAUGAACGACUGAUUGAUAUCAUCGGUUAUAUCGUUGGAAAAGGUGAAAUCGAACCCUUCCUCACAAAAGAAGGCGUUCAAAAAAAGAAACUUCUAAUAGAACUCCAAGAUCUCGAAUUAGAUGCAUGUUGUGCGUGGGAGAAAUAUGCUGAGCAAGUGAUUGAAACUGUACUAGAUAUUAAUGAAGGACCAUAUAUUGCCGUGUUACAAUAUGCAACCGCGCAAAUGCGAUAUGGUGACAUUGAGGUCUCCAAUACAUUGCAUUCUUCCCGGUUUAUGAUAAAUGCAAACAUUGACGAAAUCAAUGACUACAAAUCAAGGCUCACUCAAAGCGAGCCAGAUAGUUGUCGAGUCGUAAGUCAAAUGUCAUCAAAUACUUCGUACUCAUAUGAGGACGACUUUGUUCAUAAGUCUAUUAGAAAAACUUUGGAUGACUUAAAUGAAUCGCCUGAG